GGUGGUGGUCGUGGUCGUCGGUGAGUCACUUGCCUUCCCCCCGGGAGCAGCGGACAGCUUCCGCCCGCCCGCCGCCGACCGCCAACGGCGUGGCUGGUCGCGGCUUCCUUUCACAGGUCCAGCUCAGCGGCGGGCGGGGGAACGUGGUCCCCACGAUAGUGCAGCCCCGCGAUGAAAUGUGUUUCAUAUGCUGAAUUCCAUCUUGGAUUGUCUCGUUGCUGCACAUUCUGAACCUGAUAAAAAGUAGGAAAUCAAGAUGAAGAGCAGAGUGACACAAGUAAACCAUGGUUCCAGUUACGAAAGGGAGGAACACUACAGUUCACGCCAGAGAAGUUUGUCUCCAGAGGACAGGAGUGGAGAGCAUGACAAGUCUCCACCUACUAGAAAGAGAAGAUACUCUGAUGACAGCAGAUAUGAUCAAGAAUAUUCAAGAAGGGAAUACUAUGAUGACAGAACAUCAGAAGGAAGAAGGAUGGAAAGGGGGAGAGAGACACACCAUGAGAAAUGGGAGGAGAGAGAAUCUGAUCGAAGGAAGCAGAGAAGAUAUUCAUCACCUGAUCGUAGGAGUCCAGAGAGGUCAGCAGUCCAGAGCUCCCUUGUUCAUGAUGAGGCCACUUCAAAGAAGAAGAAAGAAGAAGUGGAUCCAAUCCUUACUCGCACAGGUGGUGCAUAUAUUCCACCUGCCAAGCUCAGGAUGAUGCAAGAGCAAAUCACAGAUAAAAAUAGCUUGGCGUAUCAGAGGAUGAGUUGGGAAGCCUUGAAGAAGUCUAUCAAUGGUCUUGUCAAUAAAGUGAACGUUUCUAAUAUAGAAAAUAUAAUUCAUGAGCUCCUUCAGGAAAAUAUUGUUCGGGGAAGGGGAUUGCUAUCUAGAUCCAUUUUGCAAGCUCAGAGUGCCUCUCCAAUUUUUACUCAUGUUUAUGCAGCUCUUGUGGCAAUUAUCAAUUCAAAGUUUCCAAAUAUCGGUGAAUUGAUUCUCAAGAGAUUGAUACUAAAUUUUCGCAAAGGAUAUCGCAGAAAUGAUAAGCAACUCUGUCUAACGUCUUCAAAAUUUGUUGCACAUUUGGUGAACCAGAAUGUGGCUCAUGAGGUUUUAUGUUUGGAAAUGCUCACUUUGCUUCUUGAAAGACCUACUGAUGACAGUAUUGAAGUAGCCAUUGGAUUUAUUAAAGAGAGUGGGCUCAAAUUAACAGAAGUUUCUCCUAGAGGUAUUAAUGCAAUCUUUGACCGUCUUCGACACAUCCUGCAUGAAUCUAAAAUUGAUAUGCGUGUUCAGUAUAUGAUAGAAGUCAUGUUUGCUGUUCGGAAGGAUGGCUUCAAGGAUCAUCCAAUCAUUCCAGAGGGAUUAGAUCUAGUGGAAGAGGAGGAUCAGUUUACUCAUAUGUUGCCAUUAGAAGAUGAGUACAACCCAGAGGAUGUUCUUAAUGUUUUCAAGAUGGAUCCAAACUUUAUGGAGAAUGAAGAGAAAUACAAAACGCUGAAGAAAGAAAUUCUCGAUGAAGGUGACAGUGAAUCUGAAGCAGAUCAAGAGGCUGGAAGUAGUGAGGAAGAAGAUGAUGAAGAGGAGGAGGAUGAAGAUGGUCAGAAAGUUACUGUCCACGACAAAACAGAAAUUAACCUGGUCUCCUUUCGUCGUACAAUUUAUCUUGCUAUUCAGUCAAGCUUAGACUUUGAAGAAUGUGCUCACAAAUUGCUGAAGAUGGAUUUUCCUGAAAGUCAGACGAAAGAACUCUGCAAUAUGAUACUUGACUGCUGUGCUCAGCAGAGAACAUAUGAGAAAUUCUUUGGGUUACUGGCAGGGCGUUUCUGCAUGUUAAAAAAAGAAUAUAUGGAAUCCUUUGAAGUUAUUUUCAAAGAACAAUAUGAUACCAUUCAUCGUUUGGAAACGAACAAAUUGAGGAAUGUUGCCAAAAUGUUUGCUCAUCUGCUGUACACGGAUUCAAUUCCCUGGAGUGUCCUUCAAUGUAUAAUACUGAGUGAAGAAACUACCACAUCCUCCAGUAGAAUUUUUGUCAAAAUAUUCUUUCAAGAACUCAGUGAAUAUAUGGGACUUCCUAAUCUAAAUGCCAGAUUAAAAGAUGAGACAUUGCAGCCUUUCUUUGAAGGACUUUUGCCUCGAGACAACCCAAGAAACACUCGCUUUGCUAUCAAUUUCUUCACUUCCAUUGGCCUUGGAGGACUCACAGAUGAAUUACGGGAGCAUCUUAAAAAUGCACCAAAGAUGAUAAUGACACAGAAACAAGAUGUUGAGUCAUCAGAUUCCUCUUCAUCUUCAGAGACCGACUCUUCCUCAGAUUCUGAUUCUGACAGCAGCAGCAGUAGUAGCUCAGAGUCCUCCAGCAGCAGUGACUCCUCAUCUAGCAGUGACAACAGCAGCGACUCAGAUGUUUCUAAGGCCAAAAGAAAGAGAAUGCAAAAGAAAAAUAGAGGAUCUGAUGAAGUUUCCAGGAAAAAACAAGAAAGGAAAAGGAAAUCACUUGAAAAGAAAAUGGGAAGGAGGCAGCAAGAAGAAAGAUGGGAUACUGAGAGCAAAUCAGAAAGAAAUCACCGAAAUGUGAGAGAAUCGCACAGGAGAGGUGACGUAUCCAAAUAUCAUCACAGAGAUGAAUCCAAUGGCAGAGAUGGUUACCAUAGUGGAAAGGACAGGAACCAUGAAAGAAGCAAGGAUAUAGAAAACAAACACAGUACUUCAAAAUCAAAGAAAGCAGAGAAAAGAGCUGUUUUGUCUGAUGAUGAAAAUUACAGGCACUGGAGCAAAGAUAAUGGGCAUCGCAGUAGAGAAAAAGAAAGAUCCAAAUCCAGAGAGAGAGCCCACAAUAAUUCCGCUCCAAGAGAGGAGGAACAGGAAGACCAACACAGAAAUGGUUCAGAGAAACACCGAGAGAAGUACAACCACUAUUCUGACCAGUACAGAGAAUCCAGGAGGAACGAGGACAGGCGAAGGGAGAGUUCCCCAUACAGAGAGUCCAGGAAGAAUGAGGACAGGCAGAGGGAGAGUUCCCCAUACAGAGAGUCCAGGAAGAAUGAGGACAGGCAGAGGGAGAGUUCCCCAUACAGGGAGUCCAGGAAGAAUGAGGACAGGCAAAGGGAGAGUCCCCCAUACAGAGAGUCCAGGAAGAAUGAGGACAGGCAAAGGGAGAGUUCCCCAUACAGAGAGUCCAGGAGGAACGAGGACAGGCAAAGGGAGAGUUCACCAUAUAGAGAGUCCAGGAAGAAUGAGGACAGGCAAAAGGAGAGUUCCCCAUACAGAGAAUCCAGGAAAAAAGAGGACAGGCAAAGGGAGAGUUCACCAUUUAGAGAGUCCAGGAAGAAUGAGGACAGGCAAAAGGAGAGUUCCCCAUACAGAGAAUCCAGAAAGAAAGAGGACAGGCAAAGGGAGAGUUCCCCAUACAGAGAGUCCAGGAAGAAUGAGGACAGGCAAAAGGAGAGUUCCCCAUACAGAGAAUCCAGAAAGAAAGAGGACAGGCAAAGGGAGAGUUCCCCAUACAGAGAGUCCAGGAAGAAAGAAGACAGGCAAAAGGAGAGUUCCCCAUACAGAGAGUCCAGGAAGAAAGAGGAGAGGCAAAGGGAGAGUUCCCCAUACAGAGAAUCCAGAAAGAAAGAGGACAGGCAAAAGGAGAGUUCACCAUAUAGAGAGUCCAGGAAGAAUGAGGACAGGCAAAAGGAGAGUUCCCCAUACAGAGAAUCCAGGAAGAAAGAGGACAGGCAAAGGGAGAGUUCCCCAUACAGAGAAUCCAGAAAGAAAGAGGACAGGCAAAGGGAGAGUUCACCAUAUAGAGAGUCCAGGAAGAAUGAGGACAGGCAAAGGGAGAGUUCCCCAUACAGAGAAUCCAGAAAGAAAGAGGACAGGCAAAGGGAGAGUUCACCAUAUAGAGAGUCCAGGAAGAAUGAGGACAGGCAAAAGGAGAGUUCCCCAUACAGAGAAUCCAGGAAGAGAGAGGACAGGCAAAGGGAGAGUUCCCCAUACAGAGAGUCCAGGAAGAAAGAGGAGAGGCAAAGGGAGAGUUCCCCAUACAGAGAGUCCAGGAGGAAAGAGGACAGGCAAAGGGAGAGUUCCCCAUACAGACGAAAAUAAUAGCUAACCAGUUCUGGGAAUAACAUGCAUUUCUGAGCUGUUAAGACUGUAUUUCAAGAUCUGUUCCUGAACUUUCUUAAAAAAAUGUACACAUUCAUACUUUGCAUUUGGGAAUUUUAUCAGACUUUUUCAAAUUUUGGGCACCACUUUUUUAUAACUAUUGCAUUGAGGCUUUUUGUGAAAUUCUUCUGUUGGAAAGACGAAGCUGUUUAUUUUGUGAAUAAAACCGUUAAGAUCUCAGUUAAAUGGCUGUUUUUGUCACUUGGUUUCAAGUAUUAGUAAUUGUAACUUUGUAGUCUAAAAACCCACUGUUUUUUAACUUUGCUUGUUAAUUAAACAUCAGAUACUGAGACUAGGGUGAUAAUGAUAAUAAUUUCAGAUUUCAGUGUGAGUGUUAUGUGAGAAGACUUUAUAAAUCUUCAAGUCUUCUUUAUAUGUGUUCAAGUAUCAGCGUCGGUGCCUCAGGCAUUCUGUAGCUGUGUAUUCUUUCAGCUGUGCCAACAUGAAAGCAAGCGUGACCAAAUUGUUCAGGAAAUCCUUUGGUUGAUUUUCUUUUUUUCUUCAAGAGUUAAAAAUUGGAAAAGCAAUAUUGCUGUUCUAAAUGUCAGAUUUGAAAGUGUGUGAACUUGUUCUGUUACUUUUCUCAAUGUUUUUUAAUAUUGUAACAUCCUGAGCUAGUUACACUUGUGAUCUCAGAC